AUCAUUGUGUUCCAACCUUGCCGUGGAUUUAUAAUCGCGCGGAAGUAGCAAGAAGGUUUGGAACGAUAGGUUACCUCAAAUUAUUUUAACUUAGGAAAAAUAUUUUGGUUAUCUAUACGUAAAAAACGCAACUAGUAUCUUUCGUCCUUCUCGUUCAAAAUUGUGUCCAAAUAUAUAGUUCUUCUUCCGUAGACUUCUCCGCCUGUCUUAUUUUGUUUUGGUAAAACCUGCUAAUCAUGUUAGCCUGUCAGUGCUUUUACUUAGCUAACGAGCCGAAUUCUUUUUUUUAUUGUUUUAAAUAGCAGCCUCAACUUAUUGUUUUGUAACAAUAGUCAGAUCAUUUUCGAAUUAUCUCUACGUCUGCUCAGGGGUUGGUUUUCUUUAGAAAAAGAAAUAUUGCCAGGUAUUUUCUGCAGGCUGCUCUGGAAUUUUUAACUACAGAGUUGGUGGCAUUUCGUGUGUUUUGUGCACUUUUCCCAUUUCCAAGCAAAUUCUUUGCAAGAAACUGGUAUUUUUUUAACGUUGAAGGGAGUUGCUAAACUACACUGCAGUUUUAAUAGCAACAAAAUACUUUAUUGAAAUGACAAUUUAGUAUCUAAAGUUAAGCUUAUAUUUGAGCGGGACUACCAAGGAAGGAUGCUGGGCGAAUGCGGCAUGCAGGAACAGGAAAAACGGGCGCUGCGGAAAUGCUCCGUGUCGCUCUGCAACCAGCUGGUGGUGGACGAGGAGCUGCUUCAGAUGCUCCAGGCCGAUGACAUCCUCACUGACGGAAUGGCUGAGGGGAUCCUGGCGGAGCAGACCUCCCGGAAGAAGAGCUGGCGUUUGCUGGCCCUGCUUCCAAAGAGAGGGCCCAGGGCCUUCAGCAGCUUCUGCUUGGCCCUGAGAGGCACUGAGCAGCAGCACCUUCAUGACAUGUUGAUGGACCAGAUAAAGAGGGGGAGGGAGGUACCGCCAUACAUGUUUCAGGACUGCGUGGAAUCCUGCCUGCCGCUGCCCACCCAGGAGGACUCGGCUAGAAUCAAGAGAGCCAGGACUCAUGAAUCCUCAGAGAUGUGCCUAGAUGCAGACAGUCCAGUCAUCACGGGUAUUCUUCCCUGUUCCAAGGGAUUCUAUGAUGCUCACUGCAAACAGGCAUACAAGAUGGUCUCUAGCCCCCGGGGUUUGGCCCUCAUCAUCAGUAACGUGACUUUUGACCGUGAAAUUCCCGAGCUGGUCAGUCGAGUCGGAGGAGAAGUGGAUGUAGAGGUUCUGAGCAGAGUCUUUGCAGAUUUGGACUUCUCAGUUGUGGUGUUCAGGAACUUGACAGCUCAGGGCAUGAAGGAGUGUGUUGAGCAGUUCCGUGGGAGGCCGGAGCACCAGGUUGCAGACAGCUGUGCCGUUUGCCUGCUGUCUCAUGGUAUGGAGGGGGCAGUGUAUGGCACAGAUGGUCAGCUCCUGGAGUUGGACUGGGUAUUUCAGGUUUUUGACAAUGCACGCUGUCCCCAGCUUCAGAACAAGCCCAAAAUGUUCUUUAUUCAAGCCUGCAGAGGAGAGGAGAUGGACAGCGGGGUUGAGCAGGCGGAUGGCAGGGACCGAAUGUGCUCUCCAGGUUGUGAGGAGAGGGAUGCCGGGAGAGAGGAGGAAAGGGAGACUGCUGUCAGCCAGGACAGGGACAGAGAGCGGCUGCGCGUGAAACUGCCUCAGCGCUCGGACAUGAUCUGCGGCUUUGCCUCUCUGAAAGGCACAGCAGCGAUGAGGAACACGAAGAGGGGCUCAUGGUACAUCCAGGAGCUGAACACGGCCUUGAGACAGAGAACGCAGGACACGCACCUGUCAGACAUACUGGUUCAGGUGAACGCCUGCAUCAAGCAGAGGGAAGGCUACGCUCCUGGGACCGCGUACCACCGCUGCAAGGAGAUGUCAGAGUUCACCAGCUCCCUGUGCAAAGAUCUCUUCCUCUUCCCCAAGUACUACCCCGAGCAGUGACUCGCCGCACUGUGUGUCCUAGGUAUCCCUCUGCCCUCAAAGGAGAGCUGAAGACAAGGAGGGAUCUGGAUGGGAUGAUUCUACACAAUGCAGCCAAUCUCUGCAGUGAAGUGACAUGCGUCCAAAGGUGGUUCACAACAUACCAGCUCGCAUUCAUUCCAAUCGACCAUCUUCCCGUUGUCAUCACAAGUUUGAGGUGUUCAUAUGAGUUUUAAAAUAACAUAAAAACAUUUUAUGCAAAUAACUUUUUUUAACUGAUGGUUUUUUGGUUUUAUACCCUGUUUAUAUACAUCCAUUAUUUGUUUGUUCUGGGCGUUUAAGCUGUAUGUGUGAAAUUGGAUCAAUGUAGUAUUUAGGAUGCAACAGCACUUAAGCCGGAAAUGACCGGCUAGUUAAAUAAAUGGCCCUGGGAAGACUAGGCAGCAGCUAGUCUUAAGCUUGAGUGUCGCCUGGAAAGUGUGCGGGGCGGCGCUCCGUUAUCGACAUAGUGGGAAAUGUGCCUCAGUUCCGUUUAAUUGGGUGUGGGUAAGCGCUACGCUCCAGUGUGUAUUGAUUUCACACAGGCGCGUACAGAGAUGCGCAUGCAAUUUAAUAAAUGUGCGAAUGCACGGUAAGGGAUCAAAACAGAUAAUGGAGACGGGUGAGAACCUCCUCUGGUGUCUGAAAUAUCCCUCCGAGGCCACAGGCGUAUUGCAAAUGAGUCUUUCCUCCCCUUUAGUUCUGUUUUUAAAGGAAUACUCCUUUUCUGCCAGUCCUCUGCACCCCAGAGAAAUGGGUCCUGACAGACCUUUGCAAGUUUAAUUAGAAAGGCUAAAGCACUAUAUUAGAGUUGCCCCUCCCCAUACAUAAAGAUUUAGAGUAAUGCUUCAUUUGCUAUAUCCUUAACCCCUGUUGAGGCAUUAAUAUCACUUCAGAAACACUUGCAUUAAGUGUGCUGUUUGGAGUCAGUCAUGUUGGUUACCAGUUUUUGUAAGCAGGUCAGACUUUGACGGGGAAAAAUUUCUGCUGGCAUAUCCGGUCUGUUAUUUUAAACAUUCCAGUAUUAUAUUCUGUUAAAUGCCAAAAAAUUCUCUGCGGCAUGUGUCUUGAAGGGUUACUGUACAUUCAUUAUAAGACAGUAGGUCCGGAUUGUUUCAAUAUAGUUGAAGGUUUGGGGAGGUGUGGAAUUAGUGAGACGCUGCGAUUCUGAAGGAGAAUGGUGCAGAUAAACAGAUUCGUGCAGAGCUUUGCUGCAGCCUUUAGCAGCCUGUGUAUAUGUGCUUGAGAGCAACGGUCUGGGUGAUGAGACGUUCUAUAGUGGCAAAGGGCAGAAGAUUAAGUUAGCAGCCAUAUCACAUUUUACUGCCUCCAUGCCGUCUUCACUGGGCUGAUGGUGCUGCAGGGUGCAGUUGUUUGGGUAUAAAACUUGGAAAUUAAUGGAAUUCCUGAUUUACGUGUCUGCCAAAAUGUCAAGAUGCAUUUUUCAUGGUGUUUGUAUUUUUAUUUUUUAAUAAAUGAAAUUUGAAUCA